CCGCCUGAUCAGAAGUGGCUUCGGUUGCGGUUGGCUGGCUGUCAGUCUCUGGGAACGGUGACAGCUGAACGGGUCGUUUUAUCUUUAGCUUUGUGCCCAAUACAGUCGCCACAAUGUUUGAGGAAGCCAGCGAGGUGUUCGAUAACAUGUUUAAAUCUUCGUUUCCCCUCACCUUCAUCGUCUUCAUCCCGGCGGUGCUGAUCCUGGUGUCUCCGCUCCCGGCCGAGGCGUCGCACGAGUUCACGGUGUACCGCAUGCAGCAGUACGACCUACAGGGACAGCCGUACGGUACCAGGAAUGCCAUCCUGAACACGGAGGCCCGUACUGUGGAGGCAGAGGUGCUAAGUCGUCGCUGUGUAAUCAUGCGGCUGGCGGACUUCUCCUAUGACAAGUACCAGAAAGCCCUGCGCCAGUCAGCGGGGGCUGUGGUCAUCAUCCUGCCAAGGAACAUGUCUGCUAUGCCGCAAGACAUAGUGCAGCAGUUCAUGGAGUUGGAGCCUGAGAUGUUGGCUACUGAGACCAUCGUCCCCGUCUACUUCGCCAUGGAGGAUGAUGAGCUGCUGUCUAUCUACACACAGACCCUGACCUCCUCAUCCUCACAGGGCUCCUUAUCAGCAGCCGAAGUCCUGCUGCAUACGGCCACAGCCAACGGCUUUCAGAUGGUGACCAGUGGAGCUCAGAGCAAAGCCGUCAGUGACUGGGCCAUCACCAGUUUAGAGGGCCGUCUGGCUGGAGUUGGAGGAGAGGACCUCCCCACCAUCGUGGUGGUGGCUCAUUACGACUCCUUUGGUGUUGCUCCGUGGCUGUCAUACGGAGCAGACUCAAACGGCAGUGGAGUGUCCAUGUUACUGGAACUGGCCCGACUCUUCUCCAAACUCUACACCUACAAGAGGACGCACGCUGCGUACAACCUGCUGUUCUUUCUGUCCGGCGGAGGAAAGUUUAACUACCAGGGCACCAAACGCUGGCUGGAGGACAAUUUAGACCACACAGACUCCAGUCUGCUGCAGGAUAACGUAGCCUUUGUGUUGUGUCUGGAUACUUUGGGGAACGGAGACUCGCUGCACCUCCAUGUGUCCAAACCUCCCAAAGAGGGAACACCUCAGUAUUCCCUGCUGAAAGAGCUGGAGGCGGUGGUUGCGAGUCAGUAUCCAGAGGUCAAGUUCUCCAUGGUCCACAAGAAAAUCAACCUGGCUGACGACAUGUUGGCGUGGGAGCAUGAACGUUUUGGGAUCCGCCGCCUGCCCGCCUUCACUCUGUCCCACCUGCCCUCGCACCGCCUGGCUCAGCGCUCCAGCAUCAUGGACGUGCGGUCAGUGUCCCCCUCCUCUCGCCACGGAGCGGGAGAGCCCCCUGCUGGGCCUCACGUAGAUGUGAAGAAGCUCGGCAGGAACACCAAGCUGGUAGCAGAGGCUCUGGCGAGGGUCGUCUACAACCUUACAGAAAAGGGAGCACCUGGAGACCUGCAGAUUUUCACUGAGCAGAUGCAGGUGCAGGAGGAGCAGCUGUCAGCCGUGGUGGACUGGCUCACGGCGCAGCCCAGAGCUGCUCAGCUGGUGGACAAAGACAGCACCGUGGUGUCCACCCUGGAGUAUCACCUGGGACGCUACCUCAAGGAUGUCAAAAGACACUACGUCAAAGCUGACAAGAGGGAUCCAGAGUUUGUGUUUUAUGACCAGCUGAAGCAGACGAUGAAUGCUUACAGAGUGAAGCCCGCUAUCUUUGACCUGCUGCUGGCUGUCUGCAUCGCAGCCUACCUGGGGAUGGUGUAUUUGGCUAUCCAGAACUUCGGAGUCCUGUACAGUGUUGUCCGUAGAAUCACUCAACCCAAGGCCAAGGCCCACUAAGGCGUGCAGCAGCGUUUAUUGCCCCGGACCCUACUGUACCCUUUUUCCUCAAAUUCAAUAAACUCUAGCCAAUAAGACACUGAGGCUGGACCGAGCUGCUGUUGUCACGAUGGUUUCCAAACCAGCAGAAUCACUUCCAUUUCCUUCGUCCCUAAUGCACAAACAAUGAUGUCAGAUCCUGUCUUGCUGCCAACUUUGACCCGUUUGGUCUCAUGGACCAGAAUAAUCAGGAAUCAUUUCAGUCUCCACAGAUGUCUCUGUCAUUCAUUCAGCGUGGUCACUCAUGUUGUUUUUAACCUCUAAUGACGGGGGUUAAUCUCACAGGUCAUGAUGAGAUUGGUUGAGAUGUCACGUGGCUGCACCGAUCGCUCCCCGUCCCUCUUCUCGGCGUACUUCACGAGCCAAACGUCGUGACGUCAUGUGUUGUCUCAGGCAGCUAGAGGGGGAAGCUGACCGCACAGUUUAACCCAGAAUUUCCUUUUGUCAGGAGGGCUGAUCACCAGGGACCCAAGUUUCUCUAAAUAUAACGCUCGCACGAUCAGUCGCUGACGGUUCGCUGGGUCUGAAAUCGUCUGGUGUGUAGACUGUGAGUGCAGAUGUGAGUGUUGUGUCGAGAGCGACUGGAGCGUUUCCUUUGAGUGAAACCCUCAAACACGAGUACUGUUUACGGACAUGACGUCGAGCUGUCUAAAUGAAAUGUGAAGUAGUCUUUAGAUCGUAUCUCCAUGCCUUUAAUACAAACCCCGUCACAUCAUUAAUGUAGUUGUGUAGUGAUAGUUUUCACUUUGGCGUCUUUGUUUGCUUUUCGUGCCAUUUGUUUGUUUCCUGGUGCUGUGACGUGUCGUCUUUGUCUGAUUUGCCUUUUUUAAAUCUCCAAACUGAUUUAGAGAAACGGUCACGCUGGUGGAACCAGCUACUCGGAGAGCUUGUUUCGAAACGUCACAUGGAGCCAUGUUUUGUUUCUCUUCCUUAUCUAAUCAAUAAAAUGAGCCCCUCCCCUUUUACCCCUUUUCUAAUCAGUA